AUGUGGUCUGCAAGGGAGGGAGCCGCUGAAGGGAAUGGAAAGAUAUGUUCUGAUGUGGUGGUUAUGGAUGACCGGGCAGUGGCUACAGGCAUGCCCCCUGGACCCAUGGUGUCCACUCUAAAUGUCACCAAGUCCUCUAAAGUCCACAUUGGUCCGAAAAUCGUCUCGGUAACGCAGAAUGUCCACAACGCAGAGAUGAUCAAAGGCCGUUUCGUGGGCCUUGAAUUGGUGUCUUCAAAGCAUUCUCGCAGAGUGCGAUGCAGUGUAGCGGUCUUUAUCUGCUGGGCCCUCAUCGUAGCCAUCGGGCUUAUUGUAUAUCUCAUAUACGUUGCAAUGCCAAAACAAACUAGACUUGACAUAGGAUUAAAUGAGACGUGGUAUCUACGUCGUGGCGACUGGCAAGCGAUGCCAGCAUACGCUGUCAAUUUUCUUCAACUACCUUUGUCAAAUGUAAUUAUUGGACACUCAGCCGCUACAAGUUGCCAGCGAAGGUUUGACUGCAUCGAGACUGUAAUGGGUAUACAACAAAAUCAUUUAAGACGGUCAUUCGAUGAUAUUGGCCCGAAUUUCCUCGUUGGUGGAGAUGAUGGUUGGGUAUUUGAAGGUCGAGGAGCAAAUGUUUUUGGUGCGAUGGUAGUGAAUUAUAAUAGAAUAAGUAUAUCCAUUAUGUUUAUUGGUGAUUAUACAAGAAUAUAUCCUAAUCAAUAUCAAUUUGAUCAUAUAAAUAUCCUGCUGGAUAGAUUAGUAGAAGUAGGUGUGCUCCGGCCAGACUACACGGUAUGGGGACAAUGUCAAGUUAACCCUGACACAUUCAGCCCUGGAUGGCGCCUGGUUAAUAAUUUAAGUUCCAUUAAUAACUGGAAUUCAUCAAAUACACAGGGUUGUCUACGA